CGUGGAAACACAAGGCCAAAGAUAGAUAUUAUAAUCUCCAUCUUUCUUUAUUGUAAAAAUCCACUAAAAUAAAAUAAGGGCCUGUCCACUAACACAAUCUCCGGUAACGGCACACAAUUACGUCUACAAAAUAUUCACCUUCAGGCUUCAUUCCCAAUAUAUAAGCACCUUACCUUUCACCAUUUUACUCAUCAAAAUACAAAACCAAGAAAAAGAAAGUCAAAAUCCUAGCUAACACACAACAAAAAACAAUGAAGCUUAUUAAUCCAAACCAACUUUUCAUCACCAUCUUCCUCUUUUUCCAAUUGUCACCACUGCUCGUCUUACCAACCCAAGCUCACUCUGCUCCAAACGCAAACCUUUUCAGAGAAUACAUAGGAGCAGAAUUCAACAACGUUAAAUUCUCCGACAUACCAAUCAACCCAAACGUGGACUUUCACUUCCUUCUCUCCUUUGCCAUAGAUUAUGACACCUCAGGCACAGCCGCAACCAAUGGAAAAUUCAACGUUUUCUGGGACACCAAUAACCUCUCCCCAUCUCAAGUCUCCGCCAUCAAACAACGCCAUCCCAACGUCAAAGUAGGCCUUAGCCUCGGUGGCGACAGCGUCAACGGCGCUUCCGCAUUCUUCAAGCCAUUCUCCAUCGAUUCUUGGGUGUCCAAUGCCGUCUCCACUCUCACUCAGAUCAUCCAACAGUAUAACCUCGAUGGAAUCGAUAUCGAUUACGAGCACUUCAGCUCCGAUACCCAUACUUUCGCCGAGUGCAUCGGACGGCUGAUAAAGACUUUGAAGAACAACAAUGUGAUCUCGUUCGCUUCCAUUGCUCCCUUUGACGAUGACCAAGUUCAGAUCCAUUACAAGGCCUUGUGGAAUAAAUAUGGACAGUUGAUUGACUAUGUGAAUUUCCAAUUCUAUGCUUAUGAUGAGGGAACCACGGUGUCUCAGUUCAUUGAUUAUUUUAAGACUCAAAGCUCUAACUAUCAUGGUGGGAAGGUUUUGGUCAGCUUUACUACUGAAGGAAGCGGCGGAUUGUCGCCGGAGAAUGGUUUUUUCAGCGCCUGUAACCAGCUCAAACAACAGGGAUUGCUUCAUGGAAUCUUUAUUUGGUCUGCUGAUGACUCUAAGAAGAAUGGUUUUCGUUAUGAGAAGAGAUCACAGACACUUUUGGCCAGUCCUCAUCAUAUCUAGUGCUUCCAUGAUAUUGAUCUCUUUUCAUUAUCUAUAAUUUGCUUGUUUAGCUUAUUUGGUCUGAAAUUAUACCCUCUUAUUGUAAUAUUACUUAUUAUUUCUUCUCUUUAAAGUAGUAUAUUUAAUAUUUAUGAAAGUUUAUUAUUUCUUCCAUAAUGUCUUGUUGCCUAUUUCAUGAUUAUGCCAUACAUUUUGGAAUAUUUUUGGUUAGGUACAGGGCAUGAAAAAAGUGGUAUCAUGUGUAUUUGUAAAAUCGGGGUAUUUUUAUUAUCAUUAGAUAU